AUGCCCGAAAAUUCACUUUCCUCGCAAGACAAAAAGUAUCAAAAGGGCACGCUUAGUAGCACAAAAGCUAAAGAAAAAGAUGAUAUUGAUGUGAAACCGGAAAUGUUGCAAGCGCAUUUAAUGCUUUUAACUAAAUUUAAAGCAUUGGAACAAGCAGAUGAACAAAUUGAUCAUGAUAUUUGGGUAAAAAACAAUGGCCAUACUGACCCUGAAUCUGAAAGUAUUUGGGUGAAAAAUACCAAACAACCAUGGGUUCUUGAUCCGAAUGACAAUUCCAAUUUUAAGAUGAAAUGCCCUUGGUGUAAGGAUAUUAUACAAAUUCCAUGGAAAAAUUAUGUAAAAUUGAUGCAAAAUAUUGAGACAGAUGAAAAAUGUCUGACAUGCAAAGCAUCACUUUCUGUUGAAACUUUAAGCUGCAAGCGAUUUAUUGAUGAUAUCGUUGAAUGGAAUAAGGAUAAAACUAAAUUUAUUGGUGGCACUCUAGUUGACCUAAAGGAUGGUUCAUGUUCGGAACUAUUCGCGUUAAAUAAUUCCAGCUUGUUAUUCUCUACAGAUGAUUCCGACAUUAAGUAUCUUACUGUUUCAAAAUCUCUAACUUGGGAACAUAUAAUCAAUGAACUUGAUAACCACGUAAAUCAAUUAAAAAAAAUAACAGUCGAAAUGAAAAAAAAAAUAAAAAUAAUUGUCCAAAGAACUGUGUUUGCCUAUAAUGGUAUUCCAUUUCCGUUCUCAAUUGACCUCAUUGGUGCUGUAUUUAGGCAACGCGAAUUCACCGAAAAGAUGGUUAACAAUAAAAUGAUCAAUCGCACUGAGGUUCAGGCUAAUGCCACUAUACGAUACCUUAAAUUCUUAUUUUUAAUGAAAGAGAAACAAAAAACUAUUUUAGUACCCACACUUGAUAUUGAUCUAUGUUGGCACACACAUCAGAUUCAUGCAUCACUUUACCGUGAAUUUACCAAAAAGCAUAUUGGUCGAAUUAUUAAUCAUGAUGAUACAUUGACUGAAGGUGCAUUGUCCGAUGGAUUUGCAGCCACCGCUCGAGCUUGGUACAAAAAGUAUCGCGAACCAUAUACACAUGAUGAUCCAUCAAAGAUUUGGUUAACUGCGAAAAAAAAGAUCAUAUCUGUUAUCAUGCCACCUUAUGGCCUUUUGGUUCGUAAUCAAUUAAAAAAGUAUAAAAAGUCAUUUACUAAUCAGCAUGAGAAGGAUAUAAAAAUUUAUAAUGUUGAUGUGGAAAGUGUGGAAAGUGUGAAAACUGUGGAAAUUGUAGAAAGUGUGAAAAGCGAAAAAGGCAAAGAAAAAAUGGACAUUUCAUCAAAAUAUCCGAAUGACAAAAUUACGAGCCAAGAACCAAAAGAAAAAAUAACCACUCUUCAAAAAUCCGCAGUCUCUAAGGCUUCAUCAAAAUAUCCGAAUGACAAAAUUACGAACCAAGAACCAAAAGAAAAAACAACCACUCUUCAAAAAUCCGUAGUCUCUAGGGCUUCAUCAAAAUAUCCGAAUGACAAAAUUACGAACCAAGAACCAAAAGAAAAAACAACCACUCUUCAAAAAUCCGUAGUCUCUAGGGCUUCGUCAAAAUAUCCGAAUGACAAAAUUACGAACCAAGAACCAAAAGAAAAAACAAUCCCUCUUCAAAAAUCCGUAGUCUCUAAGGCUUCACCAAAAUAUCCGAAUGACAAAAUUACGAAUCAAGAACCAAAAGAAAAAAUAAUCCCUCUUCAAAAAUCUGUAGUAUCUAAGGCUUCAUCAAAAUAUCCGAAUGACAAAAUUACGAACCAAGAACCAAAAGAAAAAAUAACCCCUCUUCAAAAAUCCGUAGCCUCUAAGACUUCAUCAAAAUAUUCGAAUGACAAAAUUACGAACCAAGAACCAAAAGAAAAAAUAACCCCUCUUCAAAACCCCGUAGUUUCUACGGUUUCACCAAAAUAUCCGAAUGACAAAAUUACGAAUCAAGAACCAAAAGAAAAAAUAAUUCCUCUUCAAAAAUCUGUAGUCUCUAGGGCUUCAUCAAAAUAUCCGAAUGACAAAAUUACGAACCAAAAACCAAAAGAAAAAAUAAUCCCUCUUCAAAACCCCGUAGUUUCUAUGGUUUCAUCAAAAUAUCCGAAUGACAAAAUUCUGAACCAAGUACCAAAAGAAAAAAUAAUCCCUCUUCAAAAAUCCGUAGUCUCUAGGGCUUCAUCAAAACAAAAAUACAGAUACGGUAGGCUGGCAUGUUUGGAGAUAUUGUCAGAAUUUAUUUCAGAAGAAAUAGUAUUUUGUAUUUGCUUUAAGGAUACGGAAUCAGUAGUAUCGGCUGAAGAUUUGGGUGAUCCCGAGAGACCAACGAAUGUGGCAGUGGCUUUAUCACCAUUAUUGGCACAGCGUGCGAGAGUGAUGUGCGAGAAAGCAAUGGGAAAGGAUAUGGAAUUAGUAGUAUCGGCUGAAGAUUGUUUAUUAUAUGAACUCCUUUCAUUAGAGUGA